AUUGGCCAGUGCAGUUUUAUAGCGCUGUUCCGAAAAGGUCCGACGAAAUCGAGUUAGCCUAGCUAGCUGCAACUUCAAGCAUAAAAAUGGCGUUGAGAGCAGCUUUUAGGAAUAAGUGUACUUUAUCAGGCCUUCUUUCCCAGCUGUCUUCCAGCAGAAGUCAUGGCAGAGUGUGUGCAUCAACGGUACUUGCCGCACUGCAGAGGAGCAACUCCACAUCGUCUAAAAUUUCUGUGGAUUUUGACCAGAGUACAGGUGUGGCUGUGAUGCGUAUGAAGAGUCCACCAGUCAAUAGCCUCAGUUUGGACUUCCUCACAGAAUUUUGCAUAAGCUUGGAGAAGCUCGAGAUAGACAAAAGCUGCCGGGGGCUCAUCAUAACCUCUAGUCUACCCAAGGUGUUCUCAGCAGGGCUGGACAUCAUGGAGAUGUAUGGCAAGACUCCAGAAAGCUGCGGGGAAUUCUGGAAAGCUGUUCAGGAGAUGUGGUUGAAACUCUACAGCUCCAACAUGGUCACCAUAGCUGCAAUCAAUGGUUCCAGUCCUGCAGGGGGCUGUCUGAUGGCUUUGACAUGUGACUAUAGAGUAAUGGUGGACAACCCACGCUAUAGCAUCGGCCUUAAUGAGACUCAGCUCGGGAUAGUCGCGCCUUUUUGGUUUAAGGACACCAUAGCUAAUACAGUGGGCCACCGGACUACUGAAAUGGCCUUGGCUUUGGGGCUGCUCUACAACCCAACAGAGGCUCUGAAGAUAGGACUGGUAGACCAGCUAGUACCUGAAGAUAAGCUCAUGGCCACAGCUGAGCAGGCAAUGGCCAAGUGGUUGGCCAUUCCAGCCCACGCCAGACAGAUCACCAAGUCCAUGAUGAGAAAGCCGACCAUUGACAAGCUGACGGCCAAAAGAGAAGCCGAUGUCCAAAAUUUUGUUAGUUUCAUCACUAAAGAUGCCAUCCAGAAUUCGCUCCGUACGUAUCUUGAGAUGCUCAAAAAGAGGAAGGCUUAAUGAGUAAGUGAAGGCCUCUAAUCACAAAUCAUUGGACACUGACUUGACAUUUAAAAAUGUAAUAUUGUGAGUUAGCUGGAUAAUGUAAACAAACUUGGGCGGUCAGGUUCUUCUAACAUCACUAAAAGUGCCUGACCUAAAUCACACCGUGGUGCAUUGCUUCUUUUUUCCUCUGUAUUCUUUUCUCUCUGUUUUGGUUUUGGAAUGUAUGUAAAUUUAAAAGGUUAAACUCCACUAAAUGUAUUAAUUAAAUGCAUUUUGCAUAGCUCAUAAUGUAACUGUCAAUGUCUGCUUCAAGAUAUCUUUUAUUAUGAACUGGCUUGGUAAAUUUCAGAUGUUUGAUAAUGCUUCAAUCAGUCAUGUGAUCAAACCAGCAGCUUCACUUCCACAGGAAAAUGGUCACUGACAGACAAUGCCUAAGAAAGGAGAAAAUGUAGAUUUAGAAUAUAAUCCCCUCAAUCUAUACAAAAUUGCUUAUAUUCUACAUGUACAGACACAUUACAAUAAAUGAAUAGCAUAUGUGUCACUUUUGUACCGUCUAGUGGUGGAGAACACAAAGGAGUGACUGAGUUGUACUCUUGGGUGGAGUAAAAGUGAAAUAUGUAA